AUGCCCACCUCCAAUACCUCCAAUACCUCCUCCCCGGUCAAGCGCCCCGGUCUCGGUCGCCGCGCAGUGUCCUCUCAUGCAGUUGUCACGCGUGCCAAUACUAGUGACCUGUCGGAGAUACAGAAGGCAGCCGCGCAUCAUAAGCCUCACCGCGCCCAUGUCGUUCACCGCAAUCAUCAUCGAAACCCCUCCACCAACAAAAACUUCAAUAAACUUCAAAGGUUCCAACUAGGCCCCGAGACCACUGGGCGACAUCACCAGCGCAAAAAGUCAGCACCCGCAACCCCCAUCGCAAGCCCAAAAGAAGGCGGACACAUCCGCUGGGAUAACGCCGUAGGGGAUCACCAAACCGAUCCUUCCAUGAAGAGAAACUAUUCGACUCCUGUGCUACGCCGGAACCCGUCGGCUGUUGGAAAGAAGGCCUUGGUAACAGAGCGACCUACCUCUAGCGGAGUAAAGAAGACGGUCGGUUUUGAGUUGGGCGAUGAUGAGACCGAUGAGGCGGAGUGGGAAGAUACUACGCAGUCGCCCGAAAGUACGAGGCGCAACUCUGUCGCACCAUCUAAUCCCAGCGCCGAGAACAGCACCGUCCUUGUCGAUCACCUUACUUUUGUCAAAAGACCCUAUCCCCAGAUGCCUCGAGCGACUAGUCUCCCGGAGUCGGUUACACACAAGUUCGCUCGAGAACGCGCUGAGCAGGUCGAAGACGAAGAUGAUAAAGACGAGGAGGAUCAAGAUACGGCAGACGAGGCCGAACAGUCCAGCCAGCAUACCGAGCAGGGAGAUAUCGCAAGUCGCUUGCUCAGCCCCUCACACUCGUCCAAAGCACCCCCUGCUAUGUCAUCCAUCUCCGCCAUGGUGAAGCCCGAGACCAAACACACCAACCCCGCAUCGCGCAGUAGUGCAUCUCUCAACCUCGCGGCCGGCCAGGAUAAUGCUCGACGCACCUUCUCUUCUGCGAGUAUGGCAAGCAUUCCAGGUUCUCACCCGCAAGCCACCUCAUCUUCCAUGGAAGGCGGUGUCUCAAGGUUCAUUCUAAACAACAAGAACAGCAUGCAAGCAUCCUCUCGUACCGAUUCAGACCCGAAUACGCCUUCAUCAUUCCUGCCUCAUUACCACCCACAAACACCCCCCUCGCCUAAGAGUGGCGCUGGCAAAUCGACGGCCUCCUCUGCGCGACCUCGAGGCGCUGAGCUACCCUCUCGCACUCAGCAGAAGCUCUGGCUUCAGCGUACAGCCACUCUCAACAAUUCUCCCCCAGAUACCCAUGGAGUGGCAACCGUAGCAUCACCUGCGAUUGACCCAUCGUUUAUCACCGCCAACCAACGCCCCACCACUGGCGCUUACGAUGCCGGGAGAGGAUUGAAUGGCGAUAGCCGGGUUGGCGUCACGGGACAUGAUAGCGAAACUCGCCACAUUCGCAAGGCAUAUGAGAAGACUUCUCUCGAAUUAAUGGUCGUGCGGCGCUUCCAGUCACCUACUGCGCAGAGUUUCUCUCGCCUGCGCCAUAUCGCGCAAGCUCGCAAGGCUUUGCAAGGUCCAGGCCUCGGCAAGCAAGUGAAAUCUGCCCCAUCUCUACCUCUCCUCCAGCACGGAAAACGUCCAAAUCAGUUGAGCUCGAGUCCUACGACGAAACCUCAGUCACGUAGUCCCAUUCCCACCGAUGAUCCAACGAACAGCGAUCCCACCACCCCUUCGGGUACCAUGAACCCUUCCAAGUCCAACGACCCAUCUCACCGCAUACUCUCCACCUCGGAUGAAGCAUCGCGUGACCCCAGUGGCGAGAACCAGGAGGAGGAAUUCCCCGCUAAUGACAGCGCCAUGUUGAUCCGCCGGAUGUGGGAGAGCCGAGAAGUUGCCAUCCAUGGCUAG